CGGGCGCAUGCGCGGCGGCGCGGCGCAGCGCCAUGGCGGAGGGGUCCUCCGCCGAGGCGCAGGGGGAGGUGCUGAGGCUUCGGCGGCUCCGCGGCGGGGGGUACUUUGAGGUGCCCCCGGAGCAGCGGCUGGGCGCCUGCCGGAGCGUGAAGGAGUUUGAGAAGCUGAACCGCAUCGGCGAGGGCACCUACGGCAUCGUCUACCGUGCCAGAGAUACCAGAACAGAUGAGAUCGUGGCGCUGAAGAAGGUGCGGAUGGACAAGGAGAAGGACGGCAUCCCCAUCAGCAGCCUGCGGGAGAUCACCCUGCUGCUGCGGCUCCGGCACCCCAACAUCGUGGAGCUGAAGGAGGUGGUAGUGGGGAACCACCUGGAGAGCAUCUUCCUGGUGAUGGGUUACUGUGAGCAGGACCUCGCCAGCCUCCUCGAGAACAUGCAGACGCCCUUUUCGGAGGCUCAGGUGAAGUGCAUCAUCCUACAGGUCCUCAGGGGGCUCCAGUAUCUCCAUGAGAACUUCAUCAUCCACCGGGACCUGAAGGUGUCCAACCUGCUCAUGACAGACAAGGGCUGUGUGAAGACAGCGGAUUUUGGGCUGGCUCGUGUCUACGGAGUGCCGCUGAAGCCAAUGACCCCCAAGGUCGUCACCCUCUGGUACCGUGCCCCGGAGCUGCUGCUGGGGACAACGACCCAGACGACCAGCAUUGACAUGUGGGCCGUGGGCUGCAUCCUGGCAGAGCUGCUGGCCCACAAGCCGCUGCUGCCGGGGAGCUCUGAGAUCCACCAGAUUGACCUGAUUGUGCAGCUGCUGGGGACGCCCAACGAGAACAUCUGGCCAGGCUUCUCCAAGCUGCCGCUGGUGAGCCAGUACACGCUGCGCAAGCAGCCCUACAACAACCUCAAGCACAAGUUCCCGUGGCUGUCGGAGGCUGGGCUGCGUCUCCUCAACUUCCUCUUCAUGUACGACCCCAAGAAGAGGGCGACGGCAGGUGACUGCCUGGAGAGCUCCUACUUCAAGGAGAAGCCCUUGCCCUGCGAGCCCGAGCUCAUGCCCACCUUCCCGCACCACCGCAACAAGAGAGCUGCCACCACCAGCACAGGGGCUGAAACCCAGGGCAAACGCAGCAAGCCCUGAGUCGGCUGCAGGAGCGGGGGGAAGA